AUGAGCAACGAGGAGCUGAAUGGCAGUGAAAACCUGGCGACCAUGAGCGGCAAGCCAAAGCUGACAACGAACUUCGUGGACCAGGACUCCUUGACAACAGAGACCCUGCAGCAGCUGACAAACCUUGAGCUCAGGGACUAUCAGGUCGAGAUGGCGAGAGCAGCUCUGCAGUCCCAUUCUUUGAUUUGCCUUCCAACAGGCGCAGGAAAAACGCUGAUAGCCGCUGCUGUCGUGCAUGCCAUGCUGCGUGUUAACCCUCAGAAGAUGGCUGUGUUCGUUGUGAACACGGUGGCCCUUGUUGAGCAACAGGCAAAGCAGCUGCAACAACAAAUACCUCACAUCAAGGUUGUCACUGCACACGGGCAGAUGGAGGACACAGCACGGCAAAGGAGCACUGCCAAGGUCAGAUUGAAAGCGGAUGUUCUUAUCAUCACGUGCCAAGUGCUGAACAAUUAUCUCACUGAAGAAGCAGUCCUGCGGAUGUGUGACAUCUGUUGCCUCGUCCUUGACGAGGCCCACCAUGCCAUCGGCAGAAGCCCCUAUGCAACAUUGAUGACAAGGCACUACGCAUCGGUUCUGUGUCCAGAUGAGUACCGCCCGCUGGUGAUAUGCAUGUCCGCAUCACCGGUGGACAGCAAUGAGGGCAUCAAGGACUUUGAAAAGUUUCAGCACAGGCUGUUCGAGUUGAAAAGGACACUGCUGUGCCGGUUGUGCACACCGAAGGACUCCGAUGUGUAUGAACACAUACCCAGGCCGAAGACAUCGUACACCCUGGCAGGGACAUCUCAUAAGGAAAAGGACCUGAAAAAUGACGUCGAUGCAUAUUUACGGACAGUGAUGCAAAAAGUGGAUGGUAUGAGUGAUGAGCCCAUCUUUGGUGAAGUGACCAUCACGGACAGCAACAAAAUGCGGGGCAUAUGCAGAAUAAGGAGAAGGAAAUUCAAGGAAAGGUGUGAUCAGAACAUAAGUGCUGACCAGAGGGAUAUUUGCACCCGAAUGCAGCUCCUUUUGCGCCAUGUUCAGGCUGUCCUGCAGGCCCAUGACAUCAACUUCGUCGUUGGCUGGGCAGCAGCAGCUAAAUACCUGAAGGAUGUGUUCGAGGAGAUCGAAGAGGGCCGGGGCUCUGGGAUGGCAGAGCAGCGGGUGUUGCGCGAACUCCUGCACUGGGAUUUUAAUACCCUGCACAAAAAGUUGAUCCGGGAAGCCCCAGUGACGGAGUACAGUGAGAACACUGUGUCUGAGAGGUGUCAGCACCUGGUUGGCAUCCUCAAGAUGUUUAUUGACGAGGAGGAUGGGGGACGAGCCAUUGUGUUUGUGAGCAUGAGGAAAACGGCACAGAAGCUCAAAACAUUUCUGGACAUGACACAAAUGAAGAUAAAGCAGGAGCAGGUGUUAAACAGCUUCCGGAGGGGGACUACGCGCCUGCUUAUUGCCACAAAUGUGCUUGAGGAAGGUAUCGACGUGCCCAAGUGCAGCUUGGUGGUGCGUUUCGACACAGAUGUCUUCCUUCGGUCCUUGAUCCAGAGUAGGGGCCGGGCCCGAGCAGAGGGAGGGAGAUUUGUCCUCAUCUGCAGCUCCGAAGAGCAGGUCAGCCAAGUGAAGUCCGUAAUGCAGGUGGAGAAAUUCAUGAUGCUGUCACUAAAAAAUGAGAUGGACAAUCCUUCGGCACGGGACAUCGUUGGGAGAUUGCCUGAGGCGUGUGAACGUAGGGAGCUGGAGGUGGACCCCUCAACUGGUCCCCGGGGAGAGGUGCCUCCUGAGGAACUACCACAAGAUGGUGAAACAGACGAAUUUCCGCAAUGGGCUGCAGAUGAUGAUGGUGUCGAUGGCAUUUGGGAUGAGGACUGGGCAAAGUUGUACACUGGUGGUGAUGCACCCGAUAGUGAAGAAGAAUAUGCGUUUGGUGACGAUGGGUUGGACUUUGAUGAGCAGUCAGUCCCAGUAACUGCAGUCUUCACAAAGGCCCAGUCCCACCCGGAGGAGGUCAUGUGGCACAGGUUGGAUGGGAUCUGUGACGUCAAGGAUUGGCAGAGAGUGACGUUGCCGGUGAGGGACAUUCUCUGUGUUACAGAGCACUACGAAUUUGUGGUGAAUCCGCCCAUCAAUGCAUCCUAUGCAGAUGACCGGAAGCUCUUUGAGAGAGUGCUGCUGCAGAGCUUCUUUUCAGCAGAGUUCGAUGAUAUGUGGCUUCAGGUCAGGAAGAAUCCACACCUUACAGCACAUGCACUGCGGCUAGAGGUGGCAAAGCUCACGCUGGGCUCAUGGUUUGAUCACCACGAGUUCAUUGGUCGUACCGAUGUUGGGAAAACACUUCGAUUGUCCCUUGACUAUUCAGAGAGGGAAAUAACCAUCGCUGUGGAUGAAAUGUACCUGCUGGAAUUCAACUUUUGGGAGGUGCAGGACUUCCUUGUUGUGCAUGCAUCCACAGAUCUUGCAUGUGUGGUGCUGCACAUUACCUUGCGCCACCCCCCCCGGCUGUAUCAGCGUUUGGAGGCCGAAGGCACCAAUGCUGAGACCAAGAAUCGGCUGGUCAAGAUCGAAGACGCCAACCACAAUCUUGUGGACGCCGACACUUUUGCAGCAUGCCUGGUAUACAGACUCGAGCUUGCGAACCCUGAGGCAAUGGAGUCAGUCUUUACGCCAAACAUUACCAAGUGCCUGAGGAUGUUCCAUGCUGUGGGAAAAGUAGUAUACUUCGCACAUGUGACGGAAGUACUCUCUAAGGUGAAGUUACAGACUCAGGAGAGCGGCCUGCCAGAGUGGUCCAGACACGCCAACGAUGCAGAGGUCAACUACGCAUGGCGCUGUGUCUGCAGCUCGCCAGGGUUUGUUGUGGACAGGUAUAGGAAGUCAUUCUUUGAGGAGCUUGAUGCGGUUCACAGUGCCGUUGCAUCUGAAUCUCUCUACAGAAUGGCGCACGACCUGGGGAGAUCAUUGUUUGGUGAGCCAUCCUACCAUUUCAGGGCAGCCAAAAAAGCGUUCCUGAAGAGCACAGUUCUUGAUGGCCAUAUUGGUGAUAGUCAUGCCAAAGUCAGGCGGAUGAUUUUGACCCCCACAAGGAUGGUAUUCUUUGAGCCCGACAUCAUGCAGACAAAUCGUGUCCUACGGAAGUUCAAGUCUGACAAGUUCAUCCGCAUCAGCAUUCGUGAUGACAAUCUUGACAAGCUCUCAACCAUCAAGGGGGAGAUCUCCGCCCUGAUUGCAAGAGUGGCAAAAGUGAUGAAAGCUGGGUUCAGUAUUGGUAACACAACAAAAUACAUGUACCUGGCUGGCUCAAACAGCCAGACACGUGAGCAUGCCUGCUGGUUUUUGGAGGAGAGUGAAACAACUGCAGACUAUAUCCGCACCUGGAUCGGAGACUUGCAGGAUAUUAGAAAUGUGGCUUCCUACACCUCUCGCUUAGGGCUUGGCUUCUCCACAUCAAAGAAGACAGUGUCAGUUCCAAAGGAACUGUUUGUUGUUGAGGAGGACGUGCGACACAAAGAAUACAACUUCACUGAUGGUAUUGGCAGGCUGACAAUGGCUCUUGCAGACAAGAUUUCUAGUACCCUGAAGAAGGGUUUUACGCCAUCAGCCUACCAAGUCCGGUUUGGGGGAUCCAAGGGAGUGUUGGUGGUGGACAAGAAUCUGCACUUGGAUCAUCCGGGGAAGGAACUUGUUCUUCGGAAAAGUAUGCAUAAGUACCCUUCAAUUCAUACAGAUAUUGAAGUCUUGGACACUUCCAGGCCGAUCAGACUGUCACUGAAUCAACAGAUCAUCAUGCUCCUGAGCAACAUGGGCAUCUCAGACAGCGUCUUCCUCCACCUUCUAAAAACACAUCUGGCACACAUGUCAGAGAUGUUCAUCGACGAGAAACUAGCCCGUCAGAAGUUGACAAGCAUCUCGUCUGUAGACUCCAGAAGGCUGGAGGAAGCUGAUGUCCACAUCACAUCUGAACCAUACUUGAGGUCUCUGCUGAUGGCAUUGUACAGGUGCCAGAUGAAAGACCUGCUUGAGAAAUCAAAAGUGCCCAUUGAUGAUUCCAAGGCCAGGGUGCUGAUUGGCAUAGCUGAUGACACAAGAACACUUGAGUAUGGACAGGUUUUUGUCCAGUACUCCACUGACUUCUCAGACGAAGCAUCCAUGAAUCUGAGCAACCAAGCUAAGUCUACAAUUCGAAAAGGCACUGUUGUGAUUGCAAAGAACCCAUGCCUUCACCCAGGCGAUGUGAGGAGGUUUGAGGCAGUUGACAGGCCCCAACUGCACCACCUGUAUGACUGUGUUGUGUUCCCCUGCAAGGGCGAGCGACCUCACCCCAACGAAUUGUCGGGCUCUGACCUGGAUGGUGACCUGUACCACGUAAUCUGGGAUGACAGCCUCAUACCCACGGAGCCCAACAAAAAGCCCAUGGACUACACAGCCACCCCCAAGACUGAACUGCAGCGGGAGAUCAAAAUUGAGGACGUCAUUGAGCACAUAGGGCAGUACAUCGAGCAUGAUACACUGGGGAUCAUCGAUACAAUGCACUUGGCCCUUGCAGACCUCAACGGCAUAGAGUGUGAGGACUGUCUGACUCUUGCAGUGCAGCACUCCAAGGCGGUGGAUGCGCCCAAGUCAGGUGACUGGCAGACAGUGGAUCGGGACAUUCAGGAAAAAGUCAAGCGAUACCCAGACUUCAUGAUGAAGACGCGCAAGCCCAGCUACCCAUCUGACAAAGUCCUGGGCAAGAUGUUCAGGGAGUGCAACAAGUACAUGAACAUCACCCGGCCGGGCAGCUGGUGGGGGAGUGAUUCAGGCGUUGAGCUGCAUGAAGGCUUUUACAAGAAGGGCUUUGAGGAAUUUGAGGAAGAUGCCAGAACUCUUCGUAAGGAAUACAACAACUCGCUUCACCGGGCAAUGAAAAUGUAUGGUGUACGGACUGAAGGGGAGUUCAUGAGUGGGUACAUCGAAAAGCUGCAUGAGAAGGUCCAUGACAAGGAAGUGGAAGACGUCAGGGAGACGAUCAAAUUGAUCAGGCAGAAACUCAUUAAGAAUUUCAGGAAUAGAUUCGAGGAGAACGUUGGCACUGACGAGGAGAAAAGACUGCAAAAAGCAAGCGCCUGGUACUUUGUUACCUACGGGAGUGAUCCAGGCCUGUGUGUGGAGACAUACGAUCCGGAGGAGAAUCCUUGGCACAGGGGAGAACGUAGGGCAAAAGAUGAAAGGCUGGCCCCAAAGAGGUUCCUCAGUUUUCCCUGGAUCGUGGGCGACCUGCUGGCAAAGAUUUAUGUUAACAAUAUGAAAGUCAAUCCUCAGGUGUCGAUGCAGUCCAUUGCGACCAUUGUUGGCAAAAGUACCCUUCAUGAAUUCAAAAGGUGCACUCGCGGUUUGGUCAGGAGCUGGAAAGAACGCCACACCAUUUGGAGGUCCAUUAGAAAAUGUCUGAGGCCCCUUGGUCGCACUUUCAUGACUGGACUCUCCGCAGCGAUGCUAUUUGAAGAGGAAGGGGUUUUGGGAUUUGCGAUCAUGCCAAAACAUGAAGGUGACAGAGCACAGGUAGAGACAAAGUUGCAGCUACAGAAGAGGAUCAUAGAAGGUGCAAAGGAGCUCAUGCACAAUAUGUUGGAGAGGUCCGAGAGGCCAGCAUGCGAACCCAAGUAUGAGAUGCUGUUGUGCAAGUUCCGCAAGGGCAGCAUGCCCGGCAGUGCCGCAUCGCGCACGUGGUGCGAGUUCACCACUCGUAUUUCAGAUCUGAAGAAAUGGAGUGCGCUGGUCAUGUACAUUAAGGCACAACCCCACCUGCUGCCACUCCUUCGACUGUUGGUGGGAUGGAUGAGGAGCACAGAUCUCACAGACCCUAGCCGCAAUCUUGUGGAUCAGUACACUGUCCCAUUCAUGGUCCUCAACUUGUGUCUCGAGAAAGGUUACAUCCACGCAGUUGACACUUCAGAGGUUGUGGAACUGUAUGAGAGGGCACCCUAUGACAACAAGGUCGACCUGUUUACCAAGUUGGUGGAGUGGGAAUCCGCCAUAAGGAGAGCAUGCAUUGGGCAGAAAGAAAAUCAGCUUGGAGACCUGCUAUUGGAGUUCUUCCGACAUGGCCAUGCCCACAUUCACAGCCCAAUCAAUUCACAGUUUCUUGGUAUUUUGUUUGAUGAGGGAGAGCCUACCUUUGCUGAUUUGAUGAAGGGAAAGGACAGCAAGGGUAACAGAGCAGCCGACCUGCUUCUUGAGGAGAUAGACAGGGCCUUCCACCGCCUGUCACUGCAUGCCAGCGCCUCCGUGCUGUUGAAAGCUGAGAUGGUGGAGAAACUGUUCUUCAUCGACUCCAAGGCUGCUUACACCAUUCUGGGACGAGAGUUGGACUUUGGGAGGUUCCUUAGGAAGCGCAGCGGAGUCAUGGACGUCGAAGUGUUCCCCAAGCCAGGGGCAAGGGCGCCAGGCCUGCUCAUCAGGGCGUUGGGCACUGCGGCAGCCCUGUGGGCUGUCGAGAGAAUUGUGAAGCAGUUGUCUGAUCAGUAUAAAAACGAAGAGAAGAAUACAGCGCUCUAUUCGCGAGCAGUGAGUGCUGUUGAUGGGGCAUACUGCUACCUCAUGGAAGGGGCCGACGGGCAGGAUGACAGGAUUGUGCUGGAGGACUACUACAGGCCUUGCCAUCCGCACCAUGACAAUGCUUCCAAGUUCGUGGUGCGCAUCUGCAGAGCCAGGGACACCAUCCUGCCGCCUGGCAGCCUGGACCCCAACUUCACAACGUUUCUGGAGCAUUUCAGGACACAGUUGGGUAGGAUGAGCCGGUACUACUCCCCACAAAUGCAUGGCGAAUGCGACAUGAGGAUAAAAUUCGGCAAGUCAUACAUCAGGAACCCGCCCAAGGAGUUCAGCGGGGAGAAGAACAUAACAGUGAGUGCACUUUUGUCAGCCCUGGAAAAGAAAAAGAGGACUGUAGACCCUGCCUGGCUGGAGGCUGCAUACGUGCGCCGGCCAAGCACACGCCGACACGUGGAAACGCGGGAAUCAAAGUACAGCGAUGGGAGAGGCUCAGCCUCCUUUUCUUUCUUUUCUACUGUCGACCAGAAAGCAGUCGACAAUUUGGUUGCAUGGAUGCGCAGAAAUAACUUGGUUGACCUCGGCCAGGCGGAGGUAAAAUAUGGCCUGCUGGUAACGAGGGAUGGCAAUGAAAAUAUGGUGUACUACAAUGACCAACUGCAGCUUCUGCACGUGCGGGAUCCAGACUUCAGAUGGUCAGUGGUGGAUAUGAAACGGGCGUUCCAGAGCCAGCCACGCGCCAGUGCCAGCACAAACGGUAUUGAGUGCGACAUCAGGUUCAUCCUGCGCACGCACUUCCCGCCAGACGACAGUACUCCGCAGGCAGCAGCCAGUGGCCUGCACCGGGCUCUGUCACGGGAAGGGGAUGGCAGACGGGGUAUGGGAGUUGAGGAGGGCAUGCCCUGCGUGGAUGACAAAUUGAUGAAGGCAGGAGAGGCACUCCUGCUGAAGAAAGAGAAGCGAAUGGUUUUCGAGAACCGUGAGGCGGAAGGUGUUCUUUCACAAGUGCAAGUUGAGCUCACAGAGUACAAGACACAGUCGCGACCCGCUCGUGGGAAGUUCACUGAAUCCAACGGGUACCUUGACUUGCAGCUGAGGCUCCCAGUGGAAAACCUACGGUCAGGCGACAGCACCCGCGCGGGGAAAUUUCUGGAGGACAUCUGGAGGCUUGCAUUUGAGUUGUCGGACGUGGUGCAGAGCGAUUCCAGUUGA